AUGUAAAUGCAACCUUUCCCGGAUAAAGCACACACCAAACCGACAAAAAACCCCUGAAAUAUGCCACGUCAAGAACCAGGGCUACAAUCUACGAUUCAACUCAGCCGCUGCUUCUGGAUCCCGUCCUGGUCCAGAUAUCUAAACCACGCACCUAGCCACUCUCCCUCGCCCAAAUCCGCCGAUUCGUUUAAAUUCCGAAACCCUAAAUAAUCAAAAAUCAAUUAGGAACUAAAAUUUGUACCAAUCAGACCUUUUUCCAGAAAAAAAAUUUUGGAUUCGAUUGAUUAAGAGGAAAAAAAAGGAGACUUUCUAGUUGUUUGAUGGUGAUAAGGGAUGCCGCCGAAGCAAGCCUCAAAAGUAGAGUUAGCGAAGAAGCAGAAGAUCGUAGAGGACAAGACCUUCGGUCUCAAAAACAAAAACAAGAGCAAAAAUGUUCAAAAAUACGUCCAAAAUCUUAAGCAAGCCGUACAACCCAAACCCGACCCGAGUAAAGUGGCUCAAAAGAAAAAGAAAGAGGAAGAAAAGGCCAAAGAAAAGGAGCUCAAUGACUUGUUCAAGAUUGCUGUUACUCAGCCAAAAGUGCCUGUUGGGGUUGAUCCAAAGUCAAUAGUAUGUGAAUUCUAUAAAGUAGGACAGUGUGCCAAAGGUUUUAAAUGCAAGUUCUCACAUGACCUGAAUGUUCAGAGGAAAGGGGAGAAGAUUGACAUUUACAGUGAUAAGCGCGACCAAGAAACAAUGGAGGACUGGGAUCAAGAAACUUUGGAGAAGGUUGUGGAGUCAAAGACGAAGGAGUAUCAGCAGAAUAAGCCUACUGAUAUUGUUUGUAAAUAUUUCUUGGAAGCUGUGGAAAAGAAACAAUAUGGCUGGUUUUGGGUCUGCCCAAAUGGUGGUAAAGAUUGUCAUUACAGGCAUGCGCUUCCCCCAGGAUAUGUCCUAAAGUCUCAGAUGAAGGCUCUGAUAGAGGAAGAGAGUGAAAAAACACCAAUUGAGGAUGAAAUUGAGAACCGGCGCGCCAAAUUAACAACUUCAACUCCUAUGACUCCUGAGUUAUUUAUGGAAUGGAAGAAGAAGAAGAUAGCAGAAAGAGACGAAAGUUUGGCUGUACAAAAGGCAGAAAGGGCUAAGAAUGACCGCAUGAGUGGUCGUGAACUAUUUAUGUCAGACGCUAGUUUAUUUGUGGAUGAUGCCGAGGCAUAUGAGAAAUACCAAAGAGAGGAAGAAUCUGAUGUUCCAGAAAAUAAGGCCAAUAAUGAUUUAGCUGCUGCUGGACCAAGUACCUCAGCAACAUCUGUUGCUGAUGCUGAUGCUCUUCCAGAUGAUGAUGACGAUGACGAUGAUGAAUUGGACAUGGAUGAAUUAAAUGAGCUAGAAGCAAGCUUAGCAAAAACGUCUAUUCAAAUUCAGGAGCCUAAUGCAGAAGCUUAAUUUUGAGAGGUGCGGAGUCUUCAGUCCAUAUGCCUUUUAAGUGUUGACUCUAUGAUCCUGCUGCAAAUUACUUGCCAUCACAAUUUCACCUGUAGCUUAAGACUGCUGAACUUGCUGUUAUCCUGGCAGAGUGGCAGUCAUCGCCCCAUAUCUUCUUUUGCAAGGUUCACCUAUAAGCCUAGUGCUGCAUGAGCAUAUGGUUGAACUGCAAGUUGUAUCCCAAUUUUUAUGCUGGGUUUCUCUCAAUCUGUAUUGAAAAGAGGAUCACGAGUAUGAUUGUGGUUUUGUUAUUCUUCUAAGCUUUGAAGCAUUUUAGCAUGAUUCUCGUGAGGAAUAAAGUCUUUUAAACAUUGUUUUAACCUGAUUUACACUGAUCUCUCAUGUGUUGUCCAAUUAUU